CUUUGAAACUCUUUUAGAAAGUAUCAACAAGCUAACAAAUAAAGCAAAUAAUUGACCCCGAGGAAAUGGAAAAACAAAAAAACAUCAGUUCAUCUUCUAUAAUUGACCUUAAAGCUGAACUUUUUAGAAAGCAGGAAGAAUUUAAACAACAGAAAUUACAGAGCAGCAGUACAAAUUAUGUUAAAUCAAGACCUAUAGAAAAGAAAUCAACAGUAUGGAGCAAACAAAAUGUAGGAGUUUUACAAAGAGCACAGAAAGAUUUAGAGAGUAAAGCAGAGGAUGAGAAUGAAUAUGAAAAAUCAAGGAAAGCACUAGAGAAAAAGUCCAAAUUAUAUGAGCAGAUAUCCAAAGGAGGUGGAAUCCCAGAGGAAGAUGGGAGCAAAGUAUUUCUGGUUGAUUUCCAAAAGAAAGUUAUUGACAACCUACUUGAAGAGCGGAAUAAAAAGAGAGAAGAGGAAGCACAUAGGGUCUCAGAAGAUGAACAGAUCUGUGAUGCCGACAUACCAGUCGCUAAGGAUGAAGGAGAGGAAUGGGUGGAUUAUACUGAUUCACUAGGAAGAUCUAGAAGGUGUAUGAAGGAAGACUUGUCUAUAUUAAAGGAAAGAGAUAAAGACCUCCAAGGCAAACAAGACAGGAUUGAGGAUAACGAAAAAGAUAAUGCCAUACCAACCCUAAUGUCUGAUGAUAUGAGAAGAGAAUUACUGAGACAGAAAUGGGAGAAGGAAGAGCUAGAAGCAAUGAAUGGACCUAUACAUUAUUCUAAUGUCAGAUUUGAUGAAAAGAGAUCUCAUGGAGUGGGUUUCUUUGAGUUUGAUAAAACUGAAGCAGGACGUCAGGAACAGUUGGAUACUUUAAAUCAAUUGAGAAAACAGACACAAGAUGAAAGGUCAAAAAAGGAAAAAUUAAAAGAAAAAAGGAAAGCUAUGCUAGAUGCCAGAUUGGCAAAGGUUAAACAGAGAAAGCUCAUAAGAGAAGGAGGAUCCAUAGUGCCAGAUGUUCUACUAAAGGAUGAUGAAGAUGCUGAUAUUGGUCCAAAGAUAAAAGAAAUGGUCCCUGCUCCAAAGUUGGAAGAAAUGGUCCCUGUAGGACCCAUAAAACCAGAACUACUGACCAGAGAUGAAAGUUUAAAGCACAACCAACUUACGAGAGAGUGGGACAAAGGCAAAGAAAAAUUAUUUCAACCAACAAGUGAGGAAAAAUACUUUGAAGACAGGAGAAAAGAAAGAAAUCAAGACUUUGCGCCUCCCAUGUCUUUAUAUACAGAUAAUAAGACCAAAUCUGGUUUUAUAAACAAAAAACAAUCUGUACAAAAAACUGAAACUUCUAAAUUUGUUAUACUAAAGAGGGAUCCAUUAACACCAAACAAGAAAAAAGGAGACCACCCUGAUACAUCUUUGGGUAUAGAUAAUUUGUCAAGCAUACCUCUACCUCCUGAUGUAAAAGCUGUUGGUUCCCAGGACUCAGAGAAUAAUGUUCCAUUAUUUGAUGUCUCAGUGCCGCCACCAAAUAAAGUGACAUUACAAAAUAAUCAACAGAACUAUAGUCAGCCGAAUUAUCAGUAUCCUGAAUUUCCUUUUCAACCUCCGGCAAAUUUAAAUGAUCAAACUCCUGUUUCGUCUGAACAAUCACAUGCUUAUGUAGGACAUGAUGUUAGCAAUGUAACCAGUCAGCCACGUUAUCAGUAUCCUGAAAUUCCAUUUCAACCUCCGGCAAAUGUUAAUUAUCAAACUCCUGUUUCUACUGAACAAUCGCUUGCAUAUGUUGGACAGAAUGUAAGCAAUGUAACCACAGAUUAUACACAUCAGUUUUCAAAUUCUGGAAAUCAGCAGGCUUCUGAAAUUUUUAGUCAGCAUCCUGACAAUUUGAACAAUUAUAGCUCUGAUCAAAUGUAUUUAACAAACUCAGCUGGUUAUUCAAAUGAACCUGCAAAUGUACAGCCAACAUCCUUUACGCCUGUGUCACAACCACCCAAACCUAAGCUGAACAUUAUUGAUCCACGCUAUAUUCAGAAUAAGGAUGUACUAUCACAGAACCCUGGAAAUUUGUCAAUUCAACAAGAUAGUAAAUCAAGUUUUCAGAACUCUAAUGACACAGAGUCUCAAGCUAGUUUAGAACAGGAAUCAAACUCAUAUUCUCGGAAACCUGUUGCUUAUGAAUAAAUUAUUGAUCAUUAU